UGCUUUUCGGAUUCCCAAGAAUUAAACCACUCAAGUCAAAUCAAGAACAAACUAAUCUCGCUAUGUCGAUUAGGUACCUGCUGAGUUCUAGGGUUUGUUCUGUUUUUCUCGUCUGCUCCGUCUUCCUCAGCUGCUUUCCAGGAUUGGUUAUAUCGGGGGCUGUUACACUGAAAUCCAUGGAGAUUUUCAAAACCCACGAGUGGCUCCACGAAAAACCAACGGUUUAUUUCAGGUGUCAAGGGGAGAACAAGACGGUACUGCCAGAUGUGAAGGAAGUGCGUGUCUUGUAUAAUUUCAAGGGUGAAGAGUCUUGGCAGCCUCUGACAGAUUUUCCAAUUAAAAAGUGCAAGCGAUGUGGGUUUUACGAGGAGGAUAACUUAAGCUCAGAUGACAUAUUUGAAGAGUGGGAAUUUUGUCCUAGUGACUUCAGUAUUCCUGAUGGGAAAUAUGUCCGAAUCAAGGACAAGGAAUUUAAUGCUACUUUUUUGUGUCCGGAGUGCCUUCCUUUUGCAAAUGCUUCCAAUUCUGCAUCUGACUCGCAUGAGGGAGGAAAGGGAAUGCAUGUUGCUGUAAUCAUAUUGAUCUGUGUUGUGGUCUCAACUGUAUCUAUUCUCGGAGUAGUGGCUGCAUAUAAAUACUGGCAAAAGAAGAAGAGGGAACAAGAUCAGGCUCGGUUUCUGAAGUUGUUUGAAGACGGGGACGACAUUGAGGAUGAAUUGGGCCUUGGCACUGUAAUAUGAUAAAUAAUAUAACUUGGCUACCACUUGUACAGCGCGUUGAUCUUACAUCAAUUUUGCAUAUUGAAAGGAAAAACAAAAAUUGUGGACUUCGUGCCAGUCUUACAGUUCAAAUGAGAAAAAAAAAAAAAGAGAGUUUAUUCUUAAGUGAGAGAUGUAUCCCAUUGUAAAAAUAAUCAGCAAUCUCCCUUCCACGGAUUUACAUGCUUUUGCUCUCUAGUUUUCUACUCACCAUGUGUUUUUUUGAUUUUCCCGAAACAGGCAAGGCCAGUAGCCGAAGAUACUUUCAAAGAGUCUCAUCUCAUCCAGAUUGUAACCAUACUGUAUUCUGGGCUCUUGCCUACAGAAAUCAUGGAACUCUUCCUCUUCUCCAUAUGCAUCCCAAGGACAAUAAUCACAAACGGACCGGUUUUCUCCAUCUUCAUGAUAACUGAAAUAAGUGUGAUGCUGUUCUUCACCAUGAGAGAAGUCUUCCAUCUUCCCCAAACUACUGCCACAUCCAAUGUCCUGAGUAUCAUCCUCGAGGGAGAAAAAAUUCUCUCCCAGACAGUCGCUAAAGCGACUCGGCCAAUUCCAAUUGCCGUUGUAAGCCAGCUGCUCUUCCUCAUAAACCUCCUCAGUUGGUUCAUUCUCUUCCCAGGGUCUGCUUGCAAAAUCAACCUCGUCCAUCCCAUAUAGUGAAGACAUGAGAUCACAAAUUCCCUCUUGGAAAGGAUCAUUGGGGUCGAAAACAGGACAGCGAUAGAGAUCUUCAUAAUUGCCAGGAGUACCAGGGCUGCCACCAAACAGAGCACGUCGAUAUUCGGCAAGUUCUUGGUCGUACGUGUCCGUCAUUGCAAAUGUAUCUUCUUUCCAACUCUUUCUUCAAACUCAGUUAUACACUCUCCUUUUGCAACUUAAGCAUUCCCCUUCA